AUGUCUCCUAUUGACGAGAACGUGCUCGGGAGCAAGCUGCGGAAACCACACGUCGCCACCGUAGCCACGGAGGAGAGAUACGUCGCGGAGUAUUCACCUACCGUGGCCGAAAAGAUGACCCCAGCAAAUACCUCGUCGGAGGAACUCGCCAUUCUCAAUGGCCUCCGCUCUGUCGAGCGGGCCUCCUCGACAGGGUCGUGA